AGGCCGGGACACCUUGGGCUUCUCUACUUGGGGCAGCCACGAUCCACAUCAGUUUUACUAAAGUUUAUAAAUACACAUUUAUUUGGGUUUUUUUUCCAGCUUAAUUGAGACGUAAUUGACAAGUUUGUGUGAUUGUGUACUGUUUCCUAGAUUGUGAACUCCAGGAGGGCAGACCCAAGUUCAGUCUUGAUAUUUGCUCCGGGACCCACUUAAAAUAGUGCUCAAUAAGUAGUGGUUGAGUGAAAUGAAUGAGUGCAUUAAGUGCUUGAGAACUCUGCCCAGUUUGCUAGAAGCAGCUUUCAAUCUCUGCUUAAAAGCUGGAUAAGUGCCAUUAAAGUUAGGACUGCAGGUGGGUGUCUCGGGUAUUUCUGCCCACAGGCCCUCUUCAAACCUCACCGGCCACUCUCCACCCUAUAACGUGUAGUUUCCGCCAUCCAAAUACCCUUUGACCCUGGCAAUCAGGCAUCAUGCAACGUCCCUAACAAUCACAGACCAAAUAAAGAGAAGGAUUGUGACUUUAAACGUUACUGCGUGUGCUCAUCCCAAGCCCCAAAUAUGACGCCGGUGGCUCACAGCUCCGUUCAGGCCGGCAAAGCGCACAACUCCCCUGCCCCGCCCAGACCUGCUCCGCCACCCAUCGCCGAGAAGCUCAAGCUCGCACCUCUGCUAGGACCUGCCGUACAGCAUGGCAGCCCCCGAAGGCGUCGCCCCGCUCGGGGCCUACAGUACAACAUGGCCGCCCACAGGAAGCGCACCGCACGCCCUUCCGUCCGGCCACCGGAAGUUUCCUUUUGAAACCCAGGCGGCAGACCAGGUCGGCGGAGCGGCAGUUGCUGGCGAGCAUCUUCCGAAUCAGAGCUACGAGGGCUGCGAGCAGGAGCGGCAGGCGCCUCGGUUCGGCUCUACCGGGGCGAGGGACUGGGCUGGAGUCCAGCCGUCCCGUCUCGUUACGAUGACCAGCGUGAUUAAGACAGUAUACACCCUGCAGCCUCCUUCCGUGCUGAGCGGCGGCCUGCCUGCAGACACACAAACUCGAGCUACUUCUAAGAGCCUGUUACCUGUUAAGUCCAAAGAAGUGGAUGUUUCUAGAUUUCCGCAUUCGGGAGGUUCAGAGAAUGACGUCACAAAAGUCAUCAAACCGAGACGAGAGAAUGGGCAGGUGAAAGCUGCAGACCCUGCCAUCAAGAGGAAUGUCAGAAAGGGCUACAAACCAGUCAGCAAGCAGAAAUCAGAGGAAGAGCUUAAGGAUAAGAACCAGCUCUUAGAGGCCGUGAACAAGCAGUUGCACCAAAAGUUGACUGAAACUCAGGGAGAACUGAAGGACCUGACCCAAAAGGUGGAGCUGCUGGAGAAGUUUCAGGACAGCUGUUUGGCAAUUUUGGAGAGCAAGGGCCUCUCCCCAGUUUCAGGCAGUGAGACCCUGGCAGCAGACCAAGAGCCCACCACGGAUCACGUGAACUCUAUGUUGCUGUUAGAAACUUUGCAAGAUGAACUGAAGCUUUUUAACGAAACGGCCAAAAAGCAGAUGGAGGAGUUACAGGUGAGAGGCAGACACCACUCUGAGGCAGGAUUGCCGUUUCCCGCAGCAAUAGGCCUUAAAAGUGAAGUUGAAGAUGAAAGAAGAAGAGAGGGCCAAGUUCCUAGAACAGCAGACCUUAUGUAACAGCCAAGUGAAUGAUUUCACAGCAGCCCUUGAGGAGAUGGAGCAACUGCUGGAAAUGUGAUAAAAAGCGAGUGGCCAGAUGGCUCCCUCUUGGGGGUAAACUCUUAGAGGAAGCCGCUGAGGACAUCUUCUUGGCCAUGAUCUUCUAGGACUCCCCAUCCCCAGAAUGAAAACAGUUUCUCUGGUAAGAUUAAGGACAGCUUAUGCUGGAGUGGCGGUUCCUCCUUUGAGUAAAGUGUUCCCAACCUUCAGAUUGAUCAGCUCUUCUGAACCUCACACGUACGUAACUGAGGCCUAAAGAGGGGCCCUGGAAGCUUGGCUCAACCUCCUAGGCAACAUAGCGGCACACCAUUACAGUCAAGAGACUAAACCAGCCACAGCCAGAGGAUCCGAAAGGUCGCAUUCAGAUGCACAGGAGGGAAACCUUAAUUGUACAGUGGAGCUCAGGUGCUCCCCAGGAAAUGUCACUGAGGAGCCCUGCUCUCUGCUUCUCACUUGGAGCACUUUCUGUCCCUUCCUGGUUGGGCUCUAUACCUCACUGUGGAUUUUGAACUUGAAGUUACUUGAAAUGACUUAGUAAAUGGGGUGAAGGUAUAAAUAGUAACAACACCUACCUGAAACAAUACACCCUGGAGCUUUUAAUCUAAAUCUCUUCUGUUUUUUUUUUUUUAUAAAUUGCUACUUUUAAAAUAAAUAUUUCUGUAAAUAAUUGUACUAUAACAUUGAGAAAUGAAAAGAGCCUUUUAACCUAAAUGUGUCCACUGAAUACUCUCGAACUAAUCUAGUUAACAAGUUCAAGAUUCCAGUUUAACCCAGAAUAUUUUUUUCUACUGAUUAAGUGCUCCAUGGCUCGCCCCAUCUUGCAGGAGCAUUAGCUGGUCUUCUGAGGGUGUUCCCUAUUUGUAGCAGUGGGUGCCCGGCUCCAUCCGCCAGGUUUGUGUCACUAGCUGCCUGUGUUCUUCCUGUGUUCCUAAGCAUAGUUAUAUACCUGCUAUUUGCUUUGCACAGCCCAUCCUGGACCUGGCACCAUGGAUCCUUAGUCAACUGAAGGUCAUGACAGGCCUUUCCCCUGUUAGCCAAAGGCACAGCCAUAUUUCAUUUCUUAGUCAAACUGGGCAGGCCUUUGGCCAUCUCCCAUUUCUUCACUCCCGCCCCACCACCACCUUUCAGCAUUGUUGAGGCUGCCCAGAGCCACCCAAUCAAGCUAAGUAACACCCCUACCCUAACUUACAGGCCUAACAUUCUUUACCUUCACACACAAACGUUUACAAGUUGGUUAUGUCUUAAAUAUUUUGAAGAGGAAAUCCAGUUAAUUCUCACCAGUGAGAAGACUGAAUAUUUCCUUCUACAGGAUGCUUAUAGUUUAAAAGUUUGUUUAUUCAAAUAAACUUGUAAUUGCCAUUUCUGGCCAAAACAAAAA